AUGGCGACACGUCUCGGUCGCUUUUCUCGGAUUGCGGCGGCUAAUUGCCGCACUCUGUCGGGUUGUCCGGCAGCGGCCGUCGACACAGAAUUCUCCGCGAACACCAGAAGCAGCAGAGAAGAAUCCACCGUUGGUGUUGGUUCGGUUGUGGCUGCAACGGUGGCUGGACGCAACCAGAGAGCCCGUAACAACACCGAGUUUCGUUAUCGUUAUUACAGAGGACACAACUCUUGUCUUCCUUGA